AUGUUCGUCCAAGCGAACGGUUUUAGACGUGCCGUGGUGCGAUGUGGAAUGAUAUUGCUACUCGUGCUGCUCAUAAGUUUAGAUCAUCGCACCGGUAGGCUAUCCCUGGUGGAAGCAUCCAUAGACAGUGCUACUACAUCGACGGUACCCAAGAGCAAUGAUUACACACGUGUUCGGCACCAACACGUCGACGUAUCACCUACUGAUAAAGUUCCGGGAAAUCCACCCACAACUUUUGCGACAGGUGUCAGUUUGACAGAGCCGUCGGACGGAAAGUCUAUGAACCAGGCGCAACGCGAUGUCGACUGUAAGCAGAUGAGCGGUACCAGUGCAUCCGCGGCAAAUCGUAGCUCAACUGGUAAAAAUGUCAACGAACAGGGAAACUUUGUCAAGUUCGCCGUAUUGCUUCCAGGCCAACCUGGCAAUCGGCUAGAUAUGUGCAUCCUGUCAACGGUGCUGCCAGUGAUCGAGAUGGCGAAACAGGUCGUCACGGCGCCCGGUGGGCUGCUGCAGAAUUUUCGUAUUGAAGUAGACUACCGUGACACGGAAGGCUCCUCCACCAUUGGUGCACUAGGAGCGUUCGAUAUUGUUCGAGAAAAACAACCAGACGUGUUCUUUGGGCCGAUCUACGAUUACGUGAUCGCACCGAUCACGCGUUACUGCACGGUCUGGGACAUCCCAGUGAUCACAUCCGGUGGUGUCUCGGAGGCGUUCGGAUUCAAGUUCCCAAACUACCCGAUGCUAACGCGCAUGACCGGCGACACCCGUGCGUUUGGGCUGAUGAUGCGCGAGAUCCAUCGGCACUACAACUGGACGCUUCAGGCGUUCCUGUACCACGAGUGGGACGAGAAGUCUGGCCGCGGUUACACCGACUGCUCGAUGGUGAUAAACACGAUCAACCGUGCGUUAGGUGGCAACGAGUCGCUGUCCGGUACGUUCGACGAGGAGACGGCCCAGCAAGCCGAUUACCGUAAGAUGUUAAGCCGCAUCGAGAAUCGCGCCCGAAUUCAUUUGUAUCGUCGGUGUUUGGUAGUUGUCAUCAUGUGUGCCAGCCCAUCGACGAUUCGGGAAAUUAUGCUGGCAGCGGCCGAGCUCAACAUGGUCAACAGUGGCGAGUAUGUGUUCUUCAACAUCGAGAUCUUUGGAAGUAUGACCGCGACGAAGCAACCGCCCUGGUACGCGAAGAACGACACCGACGAGCGCAACCAGAAAGCGAAGGAGGCGUACACCGCCCUGCUACAGGUGGUUACCCGCGAGCCGGAAAACGAGGAGUAUCGCAAGUUCUCGGAGGAGGUGAAGGAACUGACCAGGACGAAGUACAACUACACGUACGCCGAGGACGAACCCGUGUCGACGUUCGUGACAGCGUUCUACGAUGCGGUGUUGCUGUACGCGUACGCCCUGAAUGACAGCAUUACGCAACUCGGUGAACAUCAGGUCCUCCGGCAACCCAUUAAUGGAACGUUCUUGACUCAGCUGAUGUGGGGCCGCAGCUUCAAGGGCAUCACCGGCAACGUGACGAUAGACUCGAAUGGAGAUCGCAUUUCGAACUACUCUCUGCUGGAUCUCAAUCCGGAAACGGGGCUGUUUGAGGUCGUUGCAAACUACUACAACGGUGGAGGUCUCCAGUUUGUCGAGGGCAAAGCCAUCCAUUGGGCAGGCGAUCGCACAAAAGCUCCACCGGAUCGACCAAUCUGUGGCUUCGAUGGAUCCCUUUGUCCGGAUAACUCACUGCCGGGCUACGCCAUCCUAUCACUAGUGCUUGGUGUGUGCGUCGUGUGCAUGGGCAUCGUCUCCAUCAUCGGGUACCGGCACUACAAGCUAGAGGCUGAAAUCAACUCCAUGACCUGGAAGGUGAACCCGAACGAUGUGCUGUCCUGCAAUCCGAGCCGUGGACACCGUGGCAGCUUUCACUCGAUGGUGAAGCGCGGCAGCCAAGCUACCAUCUACUCGGAGGAUCUCAACUCGCUUCCCGGUGAUCGACAGAUCUAUAUUCAUUUCGGGUUCUACAAGGGCUGCAAGGUGGCGAUCAAGAAGAUCAACGUGCAAAAUGUCAGCCUCACUCGCUCGCUGAUGCUUGAGUUCAAGCGCAUGAAGGACAUCCAACACGAUCACCUGGUGCGAUUCUACGGUGCGUGUCUGGAUCCGCACCCUGAGCCGUUCAUUCUGACCGAAUACUGCCCGAAGGGUUCGCUGCAGGACAUUCUCGAGAACGAGACGAUCAAGCUGGACUGGAUGUUCAAGAUCUCGCUGAUGCACGACAUCGUCAAGGGGAUGGCAUUCCUGCAUUCGACAGAUCUACAUUCGCACGGUUCCCUCAAAUCGUCCAACUGCGUCGUCGACUCACGAUUUGUGCUGAAAAUCACAGACUUUGGGUUGCAUCAGUUGCGCAGCAGUAGUGAAGAUUCGGAAAUGGAGAGCUACGCCUACUGGCAGAAACUCCUAUGGACCGCUCCGGAACUGCUGAACUCGCAGUGUGUACCGGCGGGCAGCCAGAAAGGGGACGUCUACUCGUUCGGCAUCAUCAUCCAGGAGAUCGUAUCACGCCAGGGUCCGUUCUACCUCGGUGAAGAGGAGAAAUCUCCCAAAGAAAUCAUCAAACUAGUCAGGGAAGGUCCAGGACUGAUGGACGUUCCCUUCCGGCCGAAGGUGGACGAGUCUUCCUACGAAGACGUGAACAACAUAAUGGUCAAAUGUUGGGCCGAAGAUCCUGCGGAUCGGCCCGACUUCAGCGCACUGAAAACUAUCAUCAGGAAAAUUAACAAAGAAAAUGAAUCUGGUAACAUAUUAGAUAAUUUAUUGCAACGCAUGGAGCAGUACGCGAACAACCUGGAGGCCCUGGUAGACGAGCGGACGCAGGACUACUUCGAGGAGAAGCGCAAAUGCGAGGAGCUGUUGUACCAACUGUUGCCCAAAUCCGUAGCGGCGCAGCUGAUCAUGGGCAAAUCUGUGAUAGCGGAAACGUAUGAUCAAGUAACUAUUUAUUUUAGCGAUAUUGUCGGCUUCACCUCGAUUUCGGCGCAAAGCACCCCGAUGCAGGUCGUCGAUCUGCUGAACGAUCUCUACACCUGCUUCGAUUCGAUCGUCGAGAACUUUGACGUCUACAAGGUCGAAACUAUCGGCGACGCGUACAUGGUCGUGUCGGGACUUCCGGUACGGAACGGCAACCUGCACGCGCGGGAAAUUUCCCGUAUGGCUCUGCGGCUGCUGGCGGCCGUCUACAAGUUCACCAUCCGCCAUCGACCCAACGAGCAGCUGCGGCUUCGGAUAGGCCUGCACAGUGGACCCUGCGUGGCCGGUGUCGUCGGAUUGAAGAUGCCCCGGUACUGUCUGUUCGGUGACACAGUCAACACGGCGAGCCGGAUGGAAUCGAACGGUGAAGCGCUCAAAAUCCACGUAAGCCACAACACAAAGACGUUGCUCGAUACAUUCGGAACGUUUGACCUAACCGAGCGGGGGCUGGUGCCAAUGAAGGGCAAAGGCGAGAUGCUCACCUACUGGCUGAACGGAGAACGAUCCGACCCUACAUCUCCGCUACCCAACGGACUAAAGGCACUGGCCUCCAGUGGCACCCAACAGCAGCAGCAGCAGCAGCAACAGAUCCCGGCAUCAUCGUCACUACCAACGACGACGACUCCUGCAAGCCCGAAUCAGGUGAACGGGACGCUCGCAACACCGACCAGCAUUCUCAUCAACAGUGGCAGUGGAAAUCAUCAUCACAACAACAACAACAACUCGCCCUGCAGCCUCAACAACAACAACAACAACAAUAACUCCCCCAACAGCUGCCAUAAUGCUGCGAGCGCUGCUGCCAAAAAGCUGAACAGCGUUUCGUACAACUUCAUAAAGGCGUCCGGUUCCGGUCCGGGCAGUAACAGCAGUGGGGCGGGAGCGAAAGCUUCCGCCCUGUCGAAGCCAAAGCUCCCGGAGGUGGAUACGUUACGCGGUGCAAGCGUUACGAAGCCGUUACUAACGUGAAUGGGUGGAUUCGUUUUCGUUUCGAAAUGGUGCGGUGGAAACGAAACAUGUUGGCUGAUGAGGGACCACGGUGCUACGGAGCUUCUCGCGAAAAACGUCCAAAAGAAUGUCCGGAGCCUGGCGGACCACACUCGGACGACUGCUGAUACGUUGGCUGAAGGGAAUGUCGUGUUUGUGACAGCUUCCACGAAGGUAUUAGCGCUACAUAUUGCCCUCCGGUUAGUUUACUCUGUCCUGGAGUUCCGCUGGACGCGCAAGUUUGCGUGGAAAAAGCAAACAAUUUCCUCGAAAACCCCGAAGGUGCUUGGGAAGGAGAACGGUUGUAUCGGGUAUCGAAUGUGUUUGUUGCUGAGCGAGUAGCUUAGUGAAUUGUGGUCCUGGUGCAGCCAUAAAACAUACAAAUAAGCAAAGAAACAGUACUUAACCGUUGUCGUUACGUUCUGGCAGACUCUUGAUGAGCUCUAUCACACGAUCGGACCCAUCCAACAUAAAAUACAUAUAGUAUCCGUCUAUAGAAUACUUUUAAGAAAACUCUCCGUUGCGGUGAAACCAUUCACCACGUGGGGUGGAUGAGACGUGUAAAAACAAACCUAUUAGCCGUAAGCAUCGCUAGGAUCGUAGGAACAAACUGACUGUACAAACUCGUAGGGCCCUCGUGAGUUCCGCGUGAGAUUGUCUGCAAGGACGAGCAGCAACGGCUAGCCAAAAGGAUAACGUUGAGAAGAAACGAAGGCAGCCGCAGCGUAGUGUGAGCGUAUUUUUGUAACUGUAUGAAUGUAUGUAGUAGCGUUGUAAGUUUUAAUUGUAGCAGAGGAUGUAACGCGUAAUGUGAUCUAAUAGGAACGGAGAAGCAGUAGGCCAGUAGGGCGCAGUAUCCAAUCAAUAUGCCAUCCUGUAUUGUAGCAUGUUCCCACGUGAAGAGACGGAAAAGCGUGCCAAAAUGCGAGAAUGUAAGGCCACAACACGAAAGAACAGCUAUUACACAUCCUCUCCCCGUUGGCCGUGGGACAGCAUUUAACUCCCACGAGAUUCAGUGUAAUUCAGAAGGUAGUCAAACCCUAAACCCAUGUAACUCGUGUUUGUGUGUGUUUAUAACUCGUGAAAUGGAAAAGUCAAGCUGCCAAGGAAUAAAAGUCGUUUGGCACUGAUAAUUUGGUUGUGUUUUGAGGGAGUAUCGUUGUAGUUGAAAAUAAAAGCUGUGUAUCUGUGCGUUAAUGAUGUA